AUGUUGUCUUUUGUUUUCCUCUUUCUCUUCUUCAUUUUAAAACAAGGAUAUGAGUUGCAUGUAUUGGGAUAUACUCUUAAUUUUAUUUUGUCUAAGUGUCUUGUGAAUCCAAUUAGUGGGAAGUUGGAUUAUUGUUUGGAAGAACUUCUUUCUGUGGUGGAGAAUGAUAUUUUUGGAGAUGUUUCUGAGGAAAAGGAAGUGGAAAAGAUUGCUUCAAAAAUGAAAGAGACUAGAAAGCGCAAGUCUUUCGAAACCCUGAAAUUAAUUGCCCAAAACAUCACAUUCAAAACGCAUGCCUUGAAGUUGCUUUCACCUGUUACAACUUGUCUGCAGAAGCAUUUAACCCCAAAAAUGAAAUCGAAAUUGGAAACUAUGUUAAACAACAUAGCUGCUGGUAUUGAGUGCAAUCCAUCAGUUAAUCAGACAGACCUCUUUAUCUUUUUAUAUGGCCUCAUAGAAGAUGGCAUUACCCAUGAAACUCGUGCAAAGGCCAAUCAGCAAUCUGGAGAUGAGGCAAGCUGCAAAACUAUUACAUCAGGCAGGUUAAUUGACUCUGGCUCACAAUCUUCACAUCUUAUUACAGUGUUUGCUCUUGGGGUGCUGCACAAUUCCAUGAAGAAUACUAAACUUAACAAAAAGGACGAACAACUGUUAUCAAUGUUGGAUCCUUUUGUAAGAUUGCUCACUGACUGCUUGACUGCCAAAUACGAAGAUAUCAUUUCUGCAGCGCUCAGGUGCCUUGCUCCACUGGUGAGGCUGCCUCUACCAUCUCUUGAAUCACAAGCUGACAAGAUAAAGACCUCUCUGUUGGUUAUAGCUCAAGGCUCUGUAAAUGCUGGCAGCCCUGUGAUGCAAUCAUGUCUAAGUUUGCUAACAGUGCUUCUGCGGAGCACUAGGAUUACGCUUUCCACAGAUCAAUUGCAUAUGGUCUUGGGAUUAUUGGUUGAAGUAAUGAGGAAAGGCUUUCAAAAACAUGUCAAUGGUGUGUUGCCAGUGAUGAGAAGCAUUUUCCAGUCUGCUAUCAAUGUUCUUACAAAUGGACAGCUAGAUCUUUCUGUUGAAGCUACAGUUCCCUUUUGGAAAGAGGCAUAUUACUCACUAGUCUUGUUGGAGAAGAUACUGCAUCAGUUCCAUGAUUUGUUCUUAGCAAAGGAUCUUGAGCUUCCUUAACAGUUUUGUUUAAGCAUAUUGGGAACACUGAUGAGCCUAGCACCGAGGAAAUCAUUUAUGAGCCUAGCACCGUGGAAAGCAUUCGUGAAAAGGUUUUAUGCUUUAUCAGGGAUAAGGUGUUUCCAAUUAAAGCAGAACUAUUGAAGCCACAGGAGCAGAUGGAGAGACAUAUAACUGAUUUG